AUGGCGGAGGAGCUGCCCGUGGACCUGCGGACGCGGCGCGGGGCCCCCCCCGGGCCGGGACCCCCCGAGGCGUCGCUGCCGCUGCGGAAGCGGCGCUCGACCCAGCUGGCCGCCGACAUCGCCGCCGCCACCGGGCAGGACGAGGACGGCGACACGGCCCUGCACAUCGCCGUGGCCCAGGGGGCCCUGGGGGCCGCCCGGCGGCUGGUGGGGCUGUUCCUGCAGGGGGGGCGGGAGCUGGACGUCUACAACCGCCUGCGGCAGACCCCGCUGCACCUGGCGGUGAUCACGGGGCAGCCAGGGCUGGUGCGGCUACUGGUGGCCCACGGGGCCUCGCCCAUGGCGCUGGACCGGCUGGGGCGCACGGCCGCCCACCUGGCCUGCGAGAGCCGCAGCCCCCGCUGCCUGCGCGAGCUGCUGCGCCCCGGCCCCCGGGGGGACCCCGACCUGCAGGCCCGCAACUACGAGGGCCUGACCCCCCUGCACGUGGCUGUCAGCUCUGGCGCCCGCGAGAGCGUCCUGCUGCUGCUGGAGCACGGGGCCGACGUCGAUGCAGUGGACAUCAAGAGCGGCCGCUCGCCGCUGCUGCACGCGGUGGAGAGCAACAGUCUGGAGAUGGCGGAGCUGCUCAUCCAGCGGGGUGCCAGCGUCAACGCCCAGUCGUAUGCGGGGUGCACGGCGCUGCACGCGGCAGCGGGGCGGGGGCUCCUGGGGGUCCUGCGGCUGCUCCUGCGCAGCGGCGCCGACUGCGCCCUCAAGAACUACCACAACGACACCCCCCUGGCCGUGGCCAGCAGCCGGCAGGUCAUCGACAUCCUCCGGGGAAAGGCCUCGCGGCCCCCCCCGGGCCCCCCCAGCCCCCUCCCAUCCCCCGACGGGCCCCCCCCGGCACCCAACGGACGGGCCUCCCCUGGGCCCCCCACGGCCUCCCUGAGCCCCUCCCGCACCCCCCCUGCAGCCAAUCAGAGGGUGGACUGCGCGGAGGCGGCCAAUGGGGCGCAAGGGCCGGGGCCCCGCCGGGGCGUGAAGCACGAAGGCGGUGCCGGGCAGCCACUGGAAUGCGCCGGCGGCGCUGCCCUCCCCGUGCCAUUGGCCGAUGCCCCCCUGGACCCUGCCUGCCUCUACCCAAUGGCGUCGCCCGGCCGGGAGGCCACAGCCAGUCCCCUCACGCUGCGGCCCUUCCACCGGCCAGUUGUCUCGCUGGGUCCGCUGGCCAAUCAGGGGCCAGUGCAGGCAGCCCAGACGGACCAAUCACGGACGCUGGCGGAAGGGGGCAAACACCCCCCCGAGCCCCCUCGGCUCCGCCCCCGGGAGGGGCGGGGCCAGGCGGGCGGGGGCAGGUGA